GCCCGGCGUCGUCUGUGUUCCCGUGGCUCCCGUUCGGUGAUCGAUCCUCCGGCUUUAUCCCGCAGGCGAAGUGGUUUCUCCCUGUUGCACUGGCACGAGUUUUGCACACGCAGUGUGGUUGUUUCUGUGGGAUUUUUGGUGGUUCAUGUGCGGGAUGAGUGGAGGGUUUUUCGUUUGUCGGUAGCCAGCUCUGCUGGUAAAAUACCAAAAUGACAACAGACAUAAGUAUCGUAAGGUGGGAUCCCACCUUACAGCAGGAGAUCGUGGACGAUUACGAGUAUGACGGUGGAAAUUCAUCCUCCAGGCUGUUCGAAAGGUCUCGUAUCAAGGCCUUAGCUGACGAGAGAGAAAGUGUGCAGAAGAAAACCUUCCAGAAAUGGGUGAACUCGCACCUGGUGCGCGUGAACUCGCGCAUCACCGACCUGUACGUGGACAUGCGCGACGGCAAGAACCUAAUCAAACUGCUCGAGGUCCUGUCCGGCGAACGACUUCCCCGUCCGACCAAAGGCAAGAUGCGUAUCCACUGCCUGGAAAACGUCGACAAGGCGUUGCAGUUCCUGCGAGAGCAACGCGUCCACUUGGAAAACAUGGGUUCGCACGAUAUCGUCGACGGCAACCCCAGACUUUCGCUAGGUUUGAUCUGGACCAUCAUUUUGAGGUUCCAAAUUCAAGACAUCACGAUAGAGGAGACCGAUAAUCAAGAGACUAAGUCCGCCAAGGAUGCUUUGUUGUUGUGGUGCCAGAUGAAGACGGCCGGUUAUCAGAACGUGAACGUCAGAAACUUCACGACCUCGUGGAGGGACGGUUUGGCGUUCAACGCUCUAAUCCACAAGCACAGGCCCGACCUGAUACAGUUCGAAAAACUGUCCAAAUCCAACCCCAUCCAUAACUUAAAUAAUGCGUUUAACGUUGCUGAAGACAAAUUAGGACUCACCAAACUGUUAGACGCAGAAGAUGUGUUCGUAGAACAACCCGAUGAGAAAUCCAUCAUCACAUACGUAGUAACUUAUUACCAUUACUUCAGCAAAAUGAAGCAGGAGACGGUACAAGGAAAGAGAAUUGGCAAAGUAGUAGGAAUUGCCAUGGAAAACGACAGAAUGAUCAAAGAGUACGAAUCACUCACCAGUGACCUACUGGCAUGGAUUGAAUCCACCAUUAGGUCUUUGGGUGAAAGAGAGUUCGCCAACAGCUUGACCGGUGUGCAACAACAACUAGGUCAAUUCAACAACUACAGAACAGUGGAGAAACCACCCAAGUUCGUGGAGAAAGGCAACCUUGAAAUCUUACUCUUCACCCUUCAAUCAAAGAUGAGGGCGAACAAUCAAAGACCGUACACCCCCAAAGAAGGCAAAAUGAUUUCAGACAUCAACAAAGCGUGGGAACGCUUAGAGAAAGCGGAACACGAACGUGAAUUGGCGCUGAGAGAAGAGCUGAUCCGCCAGGAGAAACUGGAACAGCUCGCCGCCAGAUUCAACAGAAAGGCCUCGAUGAGGGAGACCUGGUUGAGCGAAAACCAGCGACUCGUCUCCCAGGACAACUUCGGUCAAGAUUUGGCUGCCGUCGAAGCCGCCGCCAAGAAACAUGAGGCCAUCGAAACCGAUAUCUUCGCCUACGAAGAACGAGUACAAGCUGUGGUGGCCGUCGCAGCCGAGCUCGAAGCCGAAAACUACCACGAUAUGGAGCGUAUCAACGCCCGUAAAGACAAUGUGCUACGCCUAUGGAAUUACCUAUUGGAAUUGCUACGCGCCAGAAGGAAGAGGCUGGACCUCUCCCUACAACUACAACAGAACUUCCAGGAAAUGUUCCACAUUUUAGAUGCCAUGGAAGAAUUGAAAGCACGCUUACUCACAGACGACUACGGCAAGCAUUUGAUGGGUGUGGAAGAUCUUUUGCAGAAACACAAUUUGCUUGAGGCCGAUAUCAACAUAUUGGGAGAUAGAGUGAAAGCAGUCGACAGCCAGUCGCAAAGAUUUGUGGAUACUGAAGGUGAAGGUGGUUAUAAGCCUUGCGAUCCAGCAUUGGUGCUCGAACGUGUGCAACAACUCAAAGAAGCUUACGCCCAAUUAGUCCAAUUGGCCGUCGAACGUCGCUCACGACUUGAGGAAAGCCGAAAGUUAUGGCAGUUCUACUGGGAUAUGGCCGACGAAGACAACUGGAUCAAGGAAAAGGAACAGAUUGUUUCAACAUCCGACAUUGGUCACGACUUGACCACCGUAAAUUUGUUGUUGAGCAAACACAAGAUCCUCGAGAACGAGAUCGCCGCUCACGAACCACAGCUCAACUCUGCCACCAAUGUGGGCGAAGAGUUGGUUAACUCUGGUCACUUCGGUGCCGAGAAGAUCCAAGAAAGGCUGAACGAGAUUCGCGACGCAUGGAAGCACCUCCUAGACUUGACAUCAUACAGAAGGAAACGUUUGGAGGAAGCUGUCGAUUAUCAUCAGCUUCUGGCUGACGCUGACGAUGUUGAUAUUUGGAUGUUGGAUACAUUGAGAGUUGUGUCGAGCGAAGACGUAGGACGUGACGAAAGCAACGCUCAAAGUCUGCUGAAGAAACAUAAAGACGUCACGGAGGAAUUGAAGAACUACUCCAGCGUAAUUGAUUCUUUACAUCAACAAGCAGAGGCCUUAGGACCAGAUGUAGCUAACCCCGAGGAAGUAUCCAAGAGAUUAACUGCCAUCGACAACAGAUACAAGGAACUUCUCGAGAUGGCCAAGCUCAGAAAACAGCGUCUCCUCGACGCUCUGUCCUUGUACAAAUUACUAUCAGAAAGCGAUGGUGUCGAGCAAUGGAUAAGCGAAAAGGACCGUAUGCUCCAGACCAUGAUCCCAGCCAGAGACAUCGAAGAUGUAGAAAUAAUGAAGCACCGUUACGAUGGUUUCGAAAAGGAGAUGAACUCCAAUGCUUCCAGAGUAGCUGUAGUUAACCAACUAGCUAGGCAAUUGUUGCACGUAGAACAUCCAGAUAGUGAACAAAUCACCGCCAGACAGAAUCAACUGAAUCAGAAAUGGUCGGAAUUGAGGGAGAAAGCAGAAAGCAAGCGUGAAGAACUCAACUCCGCCCACGGUGUGCAGACCUUCCACAUUGAAUGCAGAGAGACAACCACGUGGAUCGAGGAUAAGAUCAGAAUUCUACAGAGCACUGACUCCUUGGAGAUGGACUUGACAGGCAUCAUGACGUUGCAACGUCGUUUGUCUGGUAUGGAACGUGAUUUGGCUGCCAUCCAAGCCAAACUCAACUCUUUGGAAAAAGAGGCUCAAAGCAUCGAAGCAGAACACCCCGAAGAAGCUGCCGUCAUCAGGAAGAGGAUUGAGGAAAUCCAAAUCAUCUGGGAACGCCUCACCCUUAUGCUCAAAGAACGCGAUUCCAAAUUGGAAGAAGCUGGAGACUUGCACAGAUUUUUGCGCGACUUGGACCAUUUCCAAGCGUGGUUGACCAAGACACAAAAAGACAUUGCCUCAGAGGAUGUGGCUAAUUCGUUGGCUGAAGCAGAGAAAUUGCUUUCUCAACACCAAGCCAUUCGUGAAGAGAUUGAUAACUACACAGACGAUUACAAGAAGAUGAUGGAGUAUGGUGAAAAGAUCACAGCUGAUCCUACCACACAGGACGAUCCUCAGUACAUGUUCUUGAGGGAACGUCUAAAGGCCUUAAAAGAUGGUUGGGAUGAGAUUCAACAGAUGUGGGAAAACAGAGCUCAACUGUUGUCGGAAUCUUUGAGUUUGCAACUUAUCAACCGCGAUGCCAGACAAGCCGAAGUUAUCCUCAGCCAACAAGAGCACACUUUGGCCAAGGAUGAGACUCCAACCACAUUAGAACAGGCGGAGAACCAAUUGAAACGUCAUGAAGCUUUCUUGGCAACCAUGGAAGCCAACGACGACAAAAUCAACGGUGUUAUCCAGUUCUCUCAGAAACUUUGCGGCGAAGGCCACUUCGCAGCCGAUAAGAUUGCUAAGAGGGCGGACAACAUUGACGAGCGUAGAAAUGCCAAUAAAGAGAAAGCUGUCGCUCUCAUGGAACGUCUUCGCGACCAACUGGAACUCCAACAAUUCCUGCGUGACUGCGACGAGCUCCAGGAAUGGAUCCAAGAGAAACACAUCACAGCCCAGGACGAGACAUACAGAUCCGCCAAAACGAUCCACUCGAAAUGGACCAGACAUCAAGCAUGCGAAGCCGAGAUUGCCGCCAACAAAGAACGUCUUCACAAUUUACAAAAAGCCGGAGAAGAAUUGGCAAAAGAAAAGCCAGAGUACGAUAAUGUCAUCAAGCCCAAGAUCGAGGAACUGGCUGAUCAGUUCGACGUAUUGGAACAGACCACCAAGGAAAAGGGUGAACGCCUCUUCGAUGCCAACCGCGAAGUGCUCAUUCACCAGACCUGCGAUGAUAUUGAUUCGUGGAUGAACGACUUAGAAAAACAAAUCGAAUCCGACGACACUGGCUCGGAUCUUGCGUCCGUCAACAUCCUCAUGCAAAAACAACAGAUGAUCGAGACACAAAUGGCUGUAAAGGCUCGCCAAGUGGACGAGCUGGAGAAACAGACCAAACACUUGGAAACUGCGGCCCCAGACAAGGACAUGAACGAAAUCAAGGUGAAGAAGACGAAGGUCGAACAGCGCUUCCAACAGCUAAAGGAACCACUCAUCGAACGCCAGCGCCUCCUCGAGAAAAAGAAGGAGGCGUUGCAGUUCAGACGCGACGUCGAGGACGAACUGUUAUGGAUCGCCGAAAAGAUGCCGCAGGCUUCCUCCACCGAAUACGGCAACGGAUUGUUCCAGGUCCACACUCUGAUCAAAAAAAAUCAAUCCUUGCGUACCGAGAUCGAUAAUCACGAACCGAGAAUCAACACCGUUUGCAACAACGGUCAGAAAUUGAUUGACGAGGGUCAUGAGGACUCGAGCGAGUUCGGCAGAUUGAUCAGCGACUUGCAGAAGGCCUGGCAGGAGCUCAAGGACGCCAUUGAAACCAGAAGGGACAACCUGUUGAGGAACGAAAGAGCCCAACAAUACUUGUUCGAUGCCAACGAAGCCGAGAGCUGGAUGAGUGAACAAGAACUUUACAUGAUGGUGGAAGACAGAGGCAAAGAUGAAACAUCAGCCCGCAACUUUAUGAAGAAACAUGAAAGUUUGGAGGCCGCCGUCGAGUCUUACGCCGAGACCAUCCGUGCUCUUGGCGAAACUGUCAGGGCGUUGACUGCCGAGGGUCAUCCUCUGGCCGAACAAGUCGCCGUCAAGCAAUCACAAUUGGACAAGUUGUACGCCGGUUUGAAGGAUCUUGCCGGUGAGCGCAGGGCCAAGUUGGAUGAAGCCUUGCAGCUGUUCCUGUUGAACAGGGACGUGGGCGACUUAGAACAAUGGAUCGCCGACAGGGAGGUUGUCGCCUCAUCUCACGAACUUGGCCAGGACUACGAUCACGUGACGCUGUUGUGGGAGAGAUUCCAGGAAUUCGCACACGACACGAAUACGAUCGGAACGGAGCGGGUGAAUGCUGUGAACGCAACCGCUGACGAAUUAAUCGCCGCCGGACACUCAGACUCGGCAACCAUCGCCGAAUGGAAAGACCAAUUGAAUGAGGCCUGGCAGGAUCUGCUGGAACUCAUCGAGACCCGCUCUCAGAUGCUUCUGGCUUCAAGAGAGUUGCACAAAUUCUUCCACGACUGCAAGGACGUACUUAGCAGAAUCGUCGAGAAACAAGUGUCGAUUAGCGACGAAUUGGGUCGCGACGCUGGCAGCGUGAGCGCCCUCCAAAGGAAGCACCAGAACUUCCUUCAGGAUUUGCAGACUCUGCAAAGUCAGGUGCAACAAAUCCAAGCCGAGUCGGAGAAACUGCAGGCCAGCUAUGCCGGCGACAAAGCCAAGGAGAUCACCAACAGGGAACAGGACGUUGUGUCCGCGUGGCACAAACUGCAAAACCUCUGCGAGCUGCGUCGCAGCAAGUUGGCCGACACCGGUGAUUUGUUCAAGUUCUUCAACUUGGUGCGCACUCUGAUGCAAUGGAUGGACGACUUGAUCAGACAGAUGAACACGACGGAAAAACCGAGGGAUGUCAGUGGCGUAGAACUUCUGAUGAACAACCACCAGAGCUUGCGCUCGGAGAUCGAUGCCAGAAACGACAACUUCACCGCGUGCAUUUCAUUAGGCAAGGAACUGUUGGAGAGGAAUCACUAUGCCAGUGCUGAAAUCAAGGACAAAUUGGUGGCGCUCAACGCCCACAGGACUUCCGUCCAAACUCGAUGGGAGGAAAGAUGGGAGAACUUACAACUCAUCCUGGAAGUGUACCAAUUCGCACGAGAUGCUGCCGUGGCUGAAGCCUGGCUUAUUGCCCAAGAACCUUAUCUGAUGAGCACCGAAUUGGGACACACAAUCGACGACGUCGAGAACCUCAUCAAGAGGCACGAGGCGUUCGAAAAGUCGGCCGCCGCACAAGAGGAGAGAUUUAGUGCUCUCGAAAGGCUGACAACGUUUGAGCUUAGAGAAUUGAAGAGGCGACAGGAAGAAGAGGAGGCACUGAAACGAGCGCAACGAGAAAAAGAAGAGGCCGAACGAUUGGCAGCUUUGGCGGCCGCCCAACCCGAGCCUGAACAGGCGCCGAGUGACAGGCCGGAUUCGGCCGGAGCCAUCGCCGUAGAGGAAAGACCAGUGCAUGGGCCGACGAGUCAAGAGCAACGUAAGACCUUACCAAGUACCGUUCAGAGAAAACAGGAACAGACACCACCACGCGCACAAACGCUGUCGCGAGCCGAGGAGAAGUCCAAACGCAAGGAUCGCUCUCGCAGUAAGAGUCCGUUUAGGAGCUUCCGGUGGAAGAAGUCGCCGAAAACGUCAUCCGGCGCAGUUAGUGACGAUGAGGGUGCCGCAUCGGCCGCUCAAGAACGCGCCAGCCCUGGCGACAAGGAAGUAUUCGAGGGCAACUUGGUGAGGAAACACGAAUGGGAGAGCACGACCGUUAAGGCUUCCAAUAGGUCCUGGGAUAAGGUGUACGUCGUACUCAAAGGCAACGAGCUAACCUUCUACAAAGACAAUAAAUCCGCAAAAUCGACGCCAGAUCAGCAGUUCAAGGAGCCACUGAACCUGCAAGGUGCCACCGUGGAGAUCGCCAAGGAUUACAAGAAGAAGAAGCAUGUAUUCAGACUGAAAUUGAGUAAUGGAGGAGAAUUCCUAUUCCAAGCACACGACGACGCCGAAAUGAACACAUGGAUUUCCCACAUCAGUACACACACUGAUUCCGAUUCUUCUGGCCCCUCUCGCUCGCAGACACUGCCUGCGUCUGCACAAGAGAAGGACAAACGACGCAGCUUCUUUACCCUUAAGAAAACAUAAAUCUGUGCUACUUUAAUUGAAAAAUCCGUAUCUUUACGCUUUACCUGAAAGGAUGUAAAUCCAAUCUCCUUUGCCCUUCUUUUUUAUAUUUAGCAUAUUUAAUAUAUUAUAUUUUUCAUAGUAGUUGCACAUUUAUAGUAAUUUUAAUGUAUAGAACCCGCAGAAGUAUUAGAUGUAAAUAGUGUCGAUGGACGAACUUUUAUAAUUAAUAAAGUCCGUGGAUCGUUUGCGAUAUCUUACAGAAUAAGAAUUUUUACAAUUUAUACUAGACGUGCUUGAAACCCGGACAUGUUUACAUCUGAUGGUUCUGCUCGAUUAAAUAUAAAUGUAUAGUAAUAUAUUAUGUGAUUAAAAUUAUAAUAUUUAAAACUGGGGCACAAUAACAAAAUGAUACUCCCCUUGUAUGCCAGCCAGUGUUUCGACGAAUAAUUUAUUGAUGAAAAGUUGACUGUAAUUGUCCCCCUGUAACCCGUAAAAUAAUUGAUAUUUACAAAUAUUAAAAACCCUGUUGGCAGUUUUUAGUCUGCCCACAAAUUUGUAUCCUCUUUAAUAUUUAUCUUGUGUUGCAAUAAUUUUUAUUUAAGAGAUUGCUUUGCUUAGCAAAGGUCAAAGGUGACAAGUCAAUUUUUUUAAAUCUAAUUUUUGUAAUUUAUGGUUACUUUACAUACAAUGUGUGCUUUCAAAAAUGGAGUUAUAUAAAAUAAAUAUUGUUUUUAGUAAUA